ACGCAAAAGGUGUAUUUCAAACACAUGGUGAAAGGAUUUCACUCAACGAUUGAAGCAGUUUGUGGUGUAGAAAACCCGUAAACGAACAAUAUAAAGCAUAUUUUACAGUUAAUGGGACACCUUUCAAUUGACGUCUCGCGUCGUCAUUCCGCUCGUAAUACCACCCCUAUCGUCAUCGGUGAGAAGAGGUCGAUGAACCGAACGGAGGUCUACAGCAACCUAGUUCGCAAAUCGCUAGCCGCUCUGCUUGUUUCCACUCUCUCAUUCGUGAAACGAUUUUUGCUUAGUUCCACCAAGACGCUGAACAGCGGUCAAGCAGUUGGCAGUGUUCCGAUCUAAACAGUGCAUUUCCUUACGGGACGAAUGUUGGGUUGCGUUUGAUGAAUGACCUCGGACAUCGGUAGUGCAAACAGUGUAUCGGUGCAUGUGCAGUGCAUCCCCGUGACACGUACCGUACACAUUCCCUUUUGAAGAAGGGGAAGAGCAGAAAGAAGAGGUCACACCAUUGUGUGUAUGUGUGUGUGGGGUGGUGGUAAGAAAUGGGAUGAUAGUGUGCCGUCUACCUUUUUUCUUGUCCCGUGUCUAGCGUGUGCAAAAACAAAAAAAAAAAGCUACCCCAUCAGCAGCGUACACAUACUAUUGGUGACGUAUCGGUUUGUUGUGUUCGGUUGGCAGACCACCGUCACUAUCAUUUCCCACCCCGCUCCGCUUUGAACGGCCGUGUGAAAGAGCAAGCAUCAGAGUAGCCGUUUCUUUUGGUUGGUUGCGGAAGGGAAGCGUGUGAUGUGCGCGCGGGUGUGGUGAAUAAAUUUGACAUUUAUUUGUUAUUGACCUGGGACGUGUGCGAGAGCGCGGACCGUCGGGUCUGUUGGACGAGGCAGCCGGGCGGCUGGUAGUACAACAACACAACCGCAACAGCAGCAACCUUCUACAGCAAGCCCCGUCAACGUACUUGGCGCCCGCGUUGUUGGAACGCAUGAAAGGCAACCCGCGCGACGGGUAAACUCACCGACCGCUCGAGGUCACCGCACGUGUGCAUGAACGAGCGAACAACAGCAAACGUGCGGCAGUAGAAGUGAAAGAGCUGCUAUACACGUACCGCGACAACGACGACGACGACGGCAACGGAGGACAAAACCAACAACGGCAACAACAGCACACCCAGCAAGGCCUCCUUUUAGCAUCGAUGACGAGCGCGACGAGCGCGCACACUGAGCAAAAGUAGCAAACAGCCAGCAGCCGUACUAAUCUGCGUUCGUGGAAAGUGAAGUGCGCUAGAAAGGUGGCCCUAUUUCAUUAUUUCCCGGCAAAACGAUCUCCCUUUCCGCGCGUAUUGGACAAGGGAAUGCCAAGGGGAUGUACCCGGGAUUAGAAGGGCCGAGCACCAUAUCACGACCCGGCCGCUCUGUUUUGUGUGUGUGUGUUUGUACGUUAUCGAAGCAAAUGCUUCUCCCUGGCAUGCCGCACCAUAAGCCGUUGCCUAGCAGCUGCCAUCCACAUUCUACUGAGCGUUAGCUGUGACGUUGUUUACUAGGGAUGUAAGUGGAAAGUCUCCGCAGACACAGAUCUUCCCUAGUGCGCCAUUUAUUUGUUCUCCGUGCAAAUUGCGUGUGAUUUUGUGAUUGCGGGUGUUUUUUUUUUUGCAGUGUCUAGUGUAAAAAAGAUUAUUCGAUUACUAAGAAAAUUGUCGAUUUUCACACACAAAGACGCGCGCGAAGAAGUUCCUACAAUUAAAGUGACGAGACGUAAACAAAAGGUGUUGACGCAUCGGAAUCGCGUUGACGCGUAGUACUACCGCUGUUCGUAGAGUUUGCAGCAGUUGCAAGGAAAAAAAAAACAUCGUGAUUAGCGAAAACAGAGAAAUACCUGGAGGUGCGUUGUUGUUGUUGUUGUUGUUGGUGGUGUAUUUCGCGCGUACCACCCAAGUGAAAGUCUUUUCUGCGUCCCGUCUGCCUGCUACGUGGUGGUACGAUCGUGGGAGUAAAAGUGGCAUAUGCACCGUACUAGCGACACCAAUCCGUCCACUGUUCGGUACGGUGUCCCGCGUACGGUUUGUUCACGUGGCCGUACGCAACGGGGAGAAAAAAACCCGCUCCCAACACCAAUAAACUCUGGUGCACGGAGGAGGUGAGCUUACGCGAUGUUUAUCGCCGGUCAAAACGUUUGAAACCGUUCCUUCCUAUUCCGGAGUGAGAGCGCGCGCGUUCGGGAGCGCAAUGAGUGUGAGCCGCAGGUGGAGGGACAAUGACGCAAGAAGAAGUGCCGCUACCGUCGAAACGGUUCGAAACCUGCUGCCGGCUCUGUCUGUCGGGGGACGAACUUAGCUGCAGCCUGUUCCCGGUGGUGACGCAUCCGGACGGGACGACCGACGGUGAUCACCGUACCCUGCGUACCGAGCACCGGCUCAUCGAGAUGAUACUGGAGUGUACCUCGAUUCAGAUAACCUUGGAGGAGGACUACCCGGCGAAGGUCUGCAAAAAGUGUGUCGAAACGGUCGACACAUUUUAUCAGUACCGGAGGCGCUGUCUCGCCAACGAUCAAAUACUUCGGCUAGAGCGACAACGCGCGGGAGGCCAGCGGAAGAACAACAAUAACAAUAACAAUGAGGAGGACGAGGGAAACACGUCGUCAUCACCGUUACUACCAUCCGUGCACCGGUCACCGGGUAAUGGCGAAAGCAGGCAGCACCAGCAGCAAACGCAACGUUCGUCACCGGCCGCCGGAGGAACGUCGGUAACGAUGGUCCCGGCAAUUAGGAUUAAAAGUGAGCCACUGCCGCCACUGGAUCAGCGGCGGGUCAGCGGCGAGGAGGUAAAGCAGGACGGGGAGCAGUAUGUACCGUCGGCGGUGGAGCACGAUGCCGCAUCCACGGCCGACGGUGGUAUGUCGUCAAUAUUGAGAAGCAUUUUGCUGCAAACGCGCGAUUCCACUACGAGUCGAUCGUCGCCCAACACGGAACCGGAAUCACCCCGUCAAACGCCCCAGUUGCUUCCCAUUCAUCCGCCACCGUCGUUCCCGUGUACCGACACUGUUCCGGAGGAGCGACCCGAGGACGAAGAUGAAGAGAAGGACGUUAAACCCUCGCUUUUGCAGCAAAUGUUGCUGCAGCAACAAUGCUGCACAUCCCCUGCCAAUCGUUCGCCUGCGAAACUAAGUGAUUCCAAUUCCACGACGGCCGUUGGUGGGCAGGACGGUUCGUUAUCGGCUAGUACUACCAGCAACACUUCUACCGCGACCACCACCACCAGCACCACGUCCUCGCUGUUGAAGCGAAUGUUGCUCGACGGCAGUGGAACAACAGUGGCCGCUAGUGCGGCGCAAGAGCAAACAACUGCACAACCGCCGGGUUCCGUUUCACCGCUGGAGGGAACGAGCUGCCAGCAGCAGCGGCAUCGCACCAAACAUGAACCUCCGAGUGCCACCAACACACCGUCACCACCAUCGUCCGUGCACCGGCCGAAGGAAGAUGUGCCUUUGCCAAACGAAACGCCCCUUGCAUCGCAGCUUCGCUCGAUACUGCUGCAGCACCGGGCUACGAGCUGCUGGGCACGGACCACCUCCCUGUCCGAUGGGUCCCCGGAACUGCCGACCCACCAGCCGCAUGGUUCCGAUACCGACCAAAAGCCGAACACCGUACCAAACACCGAAAAGCCGGAAGUAUCGUACGUGCGAAGUUUAUUCCUGCGCAACGAUUCCGACUCGGAGAGUGAACCACCGCCGGUUGAGGAUCAGCGGGAGAUGUUGCUAUACGCAAUGUUUCAUGAACUGCGGGCACGCCAACAGCAGCAGCAGCAGCAGCAACAGUCACAAUCCGGUUUCUCCACCGAUUCGGAUGAUGAUUCCGACGAUCUGCCGCAAGAUUACCGGAUGCCGAGUGUACGCCGACGGAGCACGGAUUCGGUGGAAUCGCGCAGCAAACGGCGCCGAAUGGAAUAUCCCUGUUUGCUGUGCGGCCGAACAUUUGCCGGGCGGACCAAGCUGGUGCUACACAUGCGUACGCACAUGAUGCUCGACGGUGCAACGGAUGGGAGUUCUCCACUUUCCGGUACUGCAGGGUCGGGUUUCAAUGCAGUCGCAUCGGGCGGCACACCAACCCACACCUUGGUACCCGGCGUAUCGUUACCGAACGGUGCCGGAGAUGUGGAAGAUAUUGCUACCGGUCGGUUAGUAAUUGCCCAGCAGCACCACACACGGAACGAUGAAGCGUUCGGUGGGAGUAUCGUUGGCAAUGAGGACGAAAUAGAUGCGCUCGAACGGCGCUCGUACGCGUGCUAUAUCUGCGGUGCGGAUCAGAACAAUUUGCACCAGCUCAAGGAACAUCUGCUCGCAGCGCAUCAGGAUCGGAUACGAUCGCGUGGCCGGACGCGCGAACGCCAAAAAGCAUCGAUCGCUUGUGAGAUCUGCCAGCGCCAGUUUCGCAGCCAGUUUGCGUACGGUGAGCAUAUGCGGACGCACACCGGCGAACGGCCGUUCCCGUGCGAUCAGUGUGAUAAGCGGUUCCCGAGACGGUUCCAGCUUCUCGGCCAUCUGUACAAUGUGCACAAGCAGUCCUGGGUAGCGGACGAGUCAAAAGCGAAGUUCGCGAAAAAGUGAACCUUCUCUCCUUCCUGCCCUUCCUCGCUCGCUUAUGUGUAUGUGUGCGUCGUGGCCUUCCGAGCAAAAAGAAGAACAAUAUAAAAUACGAAUUUUACUAUGCCUUAGGAGUUAGCAAGCGAUAGUUUGGACGAAAGCAGAUUAUAAGUAGGUAAGCAGACGUGUCCGAGACAUGUGUUUUGUUUUGUUCGUAGCGUAAUUGUUGCUAGUUAUUAUACAGAGGAAGGAAAAAUAUACUUAUAUACAUAAUAUUUUUAACAAA